UAACGCAUCACAAGCACCACUGCACCGUGGUUGCCAGCUUUUGAAGGCUAGAACGAAUCUUUCCUGCAAAAAACUUCAGUAGAUAAGGUCCAAGUAUCCCACCUCGGCAUCUAGGAUCCUCCAAGCGCUUGCUCUUCUGAUGUAUCAGGUAUGAAUGCUGAUUUCCUGAUCCAUCAGGAGUUAGAAACACCAAUCCCAAUAAUGGUGGAGGAAGAGCUGACCUGGAAAGAGCCCGUCCAAAGAGUGCAAGCACUUGCAGAGAAAGGUCUCAAGGAAGUUCCUCCAUCCUAUAUACGGCCUGUAUCAGAGCGCCCCUUUCUGGAUAAGCAGAUCCAUCUCGGUGACGAUGGUUCAAUCCCGGUUAUUGAUUUCUCUGGCCUGGAAGAUCACCGAAGAGAGGAUACCAUGGAUCAAAUCUCGCGUGCCUGUGAGGAAUGGGGGUUCUUCCAGCUGAUCAACCACUGUGUUCCUGUACCCGUCAUGGACCGCACCGUUGCAGCAGCCAGAGAGUUCUUCGAUCUUCCACUCGAGGAGAAACAGGUAUAUGCUAACAAGCCUUGGUCGUUGGUAGGCUACGGGAGCCGCAUAGGAGUGACGGAGGGAGCCAUCCUCGACUGGGGCGAUUACUUUCUCCAUUAUCUCUGGCCUCUGGACAAGCGAGACGUUGAUCAGGAAUGGCCUAGAAAACCAGCUUCAUACGUGGAGACCCUUGACGAAUACACUCACGCGCUCCACAAUCUUUGUAGCCGCUUGCUGGAAGCUCUAUCCGAGAGCCUAGGGCUGCGAAAGGAUUACAUUGGCGAGAUCUUUGGCUGGCCGGACACAAACCUGGUGCUGCGCAUCAACUACUACCCGCCGUGCCCGUCGCCAGAUCUCACGCUUGGCGUCGGCUCUCACUCCGACGGCGGUGUCAUCACAUUCCUCCUCCACGACAACGUCCCCGGCCUCCAGGUUCGCAAGGGAGAUCGCUGGCUGCUGCUGGAGCCGAUCCCCAACGCGAUCGUGGUGAACAUCGCGGACCAAUUGCAGAUUCUCAGCAAUGGGCGAUUCAAGAGCGUGGAGCAUCGCGUAGCGGUGAACAAGGACACCGUGCGAAUGUCCCUGGCGACGUUUUGCAAUCCAGAUGUGGACACGAUCAUCGCUCCCGCUGAGGAUCUCGUGAACGAUGAUAAUCCCGUGCUCUACAGAGCCAUGACCUAUGGCGAAUUUCUGGAGUCGCUCUGUAGGGAUGGAUUGAAAGGGAAGGACUAUGUGGAGUCCUUCCGGAGAUGAGAGUGUUAGUUGGUUUUGUGUGUUUUGUGUUAAGGCUUAAGAGGGCGGUGGUUCGAAACUCUA